GGGGUAUUAAGUCAUAUACGGAUUAAGAAGGUUCAUAAUCCGAGGUUAAGAUGUCUACCGUAUUUCUAUAUAGUUGGUCAACCACGUUCUGGUCUUCAUAAUAUCUAUAAUAGAUUGAUUCGUCAUCCAGAUAUCAUACAGCCUCCCUAUACUGAUAACUUUUGGUUAGAGAGACGCCGUUUUGAUUGUUCCAUUGCACUUAUUUUUUCAGCACCGGGAUGCUCAACAGUUGAUACAUAUUUGGAUUAUUUUCAUGGAGUUUCUCAGAAGAUUUUAGCCAAUGGGAUAAAGAAUAAAAACACCAACACAACCUAUCAUAGUGACUACAGUGGUGACAUUAUGUGGGAUAACACAAGAUGGUUUGAACUCUCUAUAAAUAAAGAUUGUAAAGAACCUUGCUUUACUAAUGCUGAUUAUAUCAAGCAUCUCAACCCUUCAGCUAAAAUCAUCAUUUCAUUGAGAGACCCGGUUGAAAGAUUGUAUUCGGACUAUUUAGCUCAGUCAGUGUGGCUAAAAUAUACACCCCAAGUUGAAGAUUUUAAUAAAAUGGUUUUUGAGUUGAUCUACAAUUUCAAAAACUGUUUGAAAGAAGAUAAUUCGAUACGGACAUGCGUUUAUAGUUCUGGGCUUCAGAAUGCUAACAGCAAGGUUCGUCUUGGAAUUGGUCUGUACAGUAUUUACCUGGAGGAUUGGUACCGAGCCUUCUCCAAAUUUCAGAUCCAUGUCAUUCAUUUUGAGAAUUAUUUAGAAAAUACUGAGAAAGAAAUGUCUCGACUCUUCAGAUUUCUUGGCUUAAGACAACUUACAAAGGGUGAGUCGAAGAAGGUAAUGACAGAAGUACCAACUAACAGACGAACAAAUGAAGCAGACGAAGGUGAAAUGUGGACUGAAACUCGUGAAACUCUGGCGGAGUUUUAUAGGCAGUAUAACGAAGCUUUAGCAAAACUGUUAAACGACACCAAGUUUUUGUGGGGUAAUACAUCGGGUUCAUGA